CGGAAAGGGUCGCAAAGUUGCCAUUGACUCUCCUGUCGCUAGACUGGUCCCCUGUGUGCUUCUUAAAAGAACAUCGCUGAAGGGAACCAUAAUAGGAACCAGAUUAUCCCGUUGCUAACUAGUAUUUGGUGAUGUUUUGAUUUAACGGUAGGCUUAUUUAAAACACGCAGUAUUGUGACGUCACAUAGAAGAAAUUGACGUUGCGCAUUAGCAACGUCAAAUUGAUCGAAAAAUUACACAAGCUGUUUUUUUUUACCAUUAAAGCAUGGAGAAUUAAUGGCUAGUGAAAAUCGAGGCUGUUUCGUUUGGCUCAUAAGUUUAAAGAAGUCUUGCAAUGAAAGGUUUGCAAGAUUUCGAAACCGCAUGCGCCAAAGAUACUAUGCAAGAAGAGGCAAGACUCUUGACCCAGAAACCCUGUUAAAUGAAACAGGAAAUGCCGACAUGGUCGUCUGUAAGAUUGCCAGCAAGUCAAACAAAGUCGUUCAUCAAAACAUGUCAUCUGUGAACGAUGAUGUUGUUGAUAAUGAAAAUUCAACAGUGAUAGAGGUCACAGUAGACGACAAACUUGUUGAAGAGUACGUGGCAUGCAUCAUAGACAAGGCAGCCGACACUCUGAGGCAGGAGUUGCCUAGCAACACAGAGACUGUGACAGUGAGGCCAGCAGACGACAACAUAUCAUUGUCCUCCAGUAUCAUCAGCCAAAUCGCUGAUAUGGCUGUAACGGAGAGCUUGUCAAACAUUGUGGCAGAUGCCGACAUCAACCACUCUGCUAUUAGAGCUCCCAGAACUGUCACAGAAUUCAAAGAAGCAUUUGGCAUAACCGGAUGUGACAUCACUGAUGAUGGUCUUCCACCUGUAAGUGAGUAAGAUUAAAAGAAGAGGAAAGUAACCCCGUGCACAUGUGUCUAUGUUUGUUUGUUGUUUUGCUGUUUUGGUAUGGCUGUUGUUUUGUUUUUCUUUUUUUGUUUGUUUUGCUUUGCUUGUUUUUUUUUAUAUUACUGUUUUCGUCUUUCCAUAUUCU